GCGACGCUCCUGCUCCAGCCGCCGCGGCCGCCCCCGUGGGCCCCUCCGCUUCACGCAUCGUCGGGCCGGCUCUGUGACCAGAGCCGCCUGGGGUGGCGGUCAAAGCUUUAUCAGAAGCCAGGGCAUUCAGCAGUCGCACGUGGGAGCAGUGGGAAACACGCCGCCUGGAAAUUAUCAAAAGGCGACAGGAAAAAAUUGGAGGAGCGCAUGCUCCAAGAGCUGCGCGACAGAAUGGCAGUCGGAGACCUGUGCUGUUUUCGUGCGGCUGCUGAAUCGGCCGCCAAGGUGAUGCACAGCGGCAGGAAGGGGAGAGAUCCUAUAGCUCGAUGUGGUGCAUUCGCGGAUGUCCACCUGCGCACGGCACCGCGCACUUGGAGGCAACUCAUGAACGAGAGGGACGAGGUCAUAGCAACGUUCGCCUCCUUGUCCGUGGAGCUACAGCAGGUGGACCGUGCCUUAUUCCGGCCGGGGGUCAGCCGGAUCGCGCCUCCUGAAAGUAUCGUUUCCCCAGCAGGCUCCUCCAGAGCUCCCUCCUUCGGCUCUCUGCUGGAGGAGCAUGAGGAGUCGGUCGGAAAGGAGCGCCACGACACGUCGUCCCCGUGGGGCAUUUCAUUCCUGGUCCUGCGGGACAUCGCAGACGACGAAAGCUCCGCGGAGGGUACCUCGCUGGUCGUGGCGUAA